UGAUUUGGACGACAUUGAAUUUAAAAUGAGAUUUCGCCUAAACAAAAAUAGCAUUCUUCUAAUAUUAAAUCACAUAGAAGAAGCAUUAAUAUUUCGAUCAAACAGAAAUAAUCCUAUAACUCCAAUGCAACAACUUCUCUUAACACUCAGAUUUUAUGCAACAGGAUCUUUUAUAAUAUCUGCAGGUGAUUUUGCUGGAGUUAGCACUACUAGUGCUCACAGAAUUAUUCAUCGUGUUACGAACGCAAUUGCCAGACUUCGACCACGUUUUGUACAAUUUCCUACUAGAAAUAAUGAAAUAAAGAAACAACAAUUGGAAUUUUAUAAAAUUUCUCGAUUUCCUAGAGUUAUAGGUUGUAUAGAUUGUACACAUGUUCGUGUUCAAUCAUUUGGUACUGAAAAUGCAGAACUAUUUAGAAAUAGGAAAGGAUAUUUUUCUUUAAACGUGCAAGUUGUGACAAAUAGUAAUUUAGAAAUUACUGACAUAGUAGCUCGAUGGCCUGGAUCAACACACGAUAGUACUAUUUUUAAUAAUAGUCGAUUGCGUGGUACAUUUGAACAAGGAAUGUAUAGGGAUGGACUGUUAUUAGGUGAUAGUGGUUACCCUAUAAAAUCAUAUUUAAUGACACCAUUAUUAAAUCCACGAACUCCUGCUGAACAACUUUACAAUGAAUCGCAUAUACGUACUCGAAACAUAAUUGAGCGGCUCUUUGGAAUUUGGAAAAGACGUUUUCCAGUUUUAGCUUUAGGAUUACGUUUACGAUUGAACUCAGUAAUGGCUGUAAUAAUAGCUACUGCUGUUUUACACAAUGUUGCUCGUCAAAAUGGAGAUGAAGAACCACUCGAAGAUCCUAACUUAAAUCUUCCAGCACCUUGGGAAGAAAUAUUUAAUUAUGGCAAUAUAAAUCCUGAUAAUGUAGACUACAGAAAUAAUGACAAUGCAGCUGACAGAAGAAUACUUAUUAACGACUAUUUUCAUAGUUUAUUGUAAAUUUCGACAAAGAAAAUGAAGAAGAA